UCCGGUGUGCGCUGUGUAUCACUGAAAACGCUUCCUGUAGUUUCUCCGUUGAUGUGUCCGUUUCCAGUCACUGGAUCUUCAAAUCCUCCAACUUUGCUGUUUGACUGAGAAGUUAAGAAAGUCAGAGAAAUGUCUUCAGCAUUUUCAGAUAAAGACCCAAACCAACACAAGCGUGUAUCUGUUCAGUCCAACCCUGGAUUCCUGGAGCGAUUAGGGCAAACAGCAGGAGGAACGGUAGUUGGUGUCGGACUGUUUUUCCUGUCAAUUUACGUACUCUUUACCAAUGAGGGGAGGGCUCUGCAAACGGCAUCCUCCCUGGAUGAAGGUCUUUCUCAGGUUGUGUCGCUGGGGCCUUACUCCAGCCUCGACCUGCAGAAUAACAACCGUUUAGUUCAUCUAUCUGCACAGCUGCGCACCUCACAGCCCCUGCAUGACCCCAACUACAGAGUGGAGGUGCAGGCAGUGAAGCUGAAGAGGCAGGUGGAGAUGUAUCAGUGGGUGGAGUACCGGGAGAGCAAGGACUACCAAGAGGAUGGUGAGACCAAAACUGAGACGACUUACACCUAUAACACGGAGUGGAAAUCAGAGUUGAUCAACAGUCGUAACUUCGAUAAGGAAAUCGGUCACCAGAACCCAAGUGCCAUGGCGGUUGAGAGUGUCAUAGUGGUGGCUCCCGAAGUCGCAGUUGGACCUUUCCUCCUGUCUAAAGGCCUAGUGGAGCAGAUAAAUAACUUCCAGACGCUGAGUUUGAGGGAUUUCAAUGCCUUUACCUUGGACCCUUUUCUCAGCAUUGAUGACGAUUAUUUCUAUCACACUCAGUACCCACGCAGGCCGGAGGUUGGGGAUGUGCGUGUGAGAUUCUCCUUCGCUGGACUGAGUGGUGAGACGUCUCGCCUCGGCCCGCCUCAAACUGUCAGUAUCGUGGCCAUGCAGAGAGGCGAGCAGCUGAUGCCUUUCAAAACCAGGUCAGGUGACACUCUGGAGAUUCUGUACCUGGAGGAGCUCUCUGCAGAGGAGGUUUUUCAGAAGGAACACCAGUCCAACAGUAUGAAGACCUGGGCACUCAGGGCUGCAGGCUGGGCCCUCAUGUUCCUUAGCAUUCAGCUGACCAUGCGAAUCAUCCACACAUUGGUGGACUGGGUUCCUGUUCUCAGAGAGCUCGUGUCCGUGGGGCUGAAGAUCUUCGCCUUGUGCGUCUCCUGCUCUCUGUCUCUUCUCACCAUCGGAGCAGGUUGGCUUUUCUACCGACCGUUAGUGGCUGUGGCUCUGGGAGCACUGGCUCUGCUUCCAGUGUUUCUCGCCCGCUCAGGACUUCCAGUGAAGAAGAAGGAGUGACUAGUGAACUGAUGAUUAUCAGAACAUCUUCUGAUGCCUGGGCGUCCAUCAACAGUGCGAGACAGUAUUGUGCAGCUGUUUUGUUCCACAGUAGAGUUACGGACUUGCUUUCUUGGGUAACACAGACAUUUUGUUGUGAAGGUUUAUGUGAUAUUCAAUGUUUUGUUCUAAGAGGUACAGUUAUUGGUUCCAUCCAAAAGCAAUUUGUUUAAAUGGACUUGAACAUUAUAAUUUUUGUUAAUAAUUUAACAGGGGCAUCAUACCUUCAUGAAGGUUCAGUCUUUGUUGACGCUGUUCUAGAGAAGUGUUGAUUCAGCUGGAUGUUCAUUUUAGAGGCUGUUCAAUUGUUACACUGGGAGGUGAUUCUAAUAUUUUGUCUACACUUAUUUAUGUAAAUGAGGUACACAGUAUUAGGUUCAACAAAAACUGAACAUUAUAACCUUCAUGACGGUGGGAUUUACUGCAAGGUUGCAUUAGCCAGAUUUGACUAACAAACUGGCAAGAAUGUUUGCUUUUCAAAGCACUUUGGACAAGAAGACCAAUCAGUGAAAUACCAAAGACCUGGGGAUCUGCAACUUUGUUGGAUUGUUUGUUUGCAAUGGAUGUUAAAUAAAGCACGUAUUGUGUGUAUCAACUAAA